AUGGAAGAAGACCGACGACCUAACAACCAGCACAGGCAGGAGGCCCACGCUCAUCUUGAGCAGAUGGGCAUCAAGUCUGAACUGAAUCGCAGUGCCUUCUCGAACCUUGGUAUGCUCGGGAUGGCAUUUUCGGUCGUGAAUACUUGGCCCGCUAUUGGCACCACGGUUAGUGCUUCGCUACCGUCUGGCGGGUCUAGCUCGGCCACCUGGGGCCUCCUCGUCGCUGGUAUCUUCAAUAUGUGCUGCGGUCUAUCUCUCUGUGAAUUCCUGUCUGCCUAUCCAACCGCUGGCGGCCAGUAUCAUUGGGCAGCUGUCGCUAGCUGGCAGCCUACGAAACGAGGUAUUAGCUAUAUCACAGGAUGGAUUAAUCUCGCAGCUUGGGUGUGCACUGCAGCUGCCAACUGCCUACUUGUCAGCGGAAUAGUAACGAGUUUUAUCUCAUUUAUGCACCCUGGCUAUGAUCCGAAGCCGUGGCACCGGUUUCUGCUAUACGUUGCCGUCAAUCUUAUUGGCUUGUGCUUUAACCUAUUUGGCAACCGCUACUUGGCCCGGUUGAAUAAGUACAAUGUCUACUUCACUCUUACGGGCUUUAUGAUUAGCCUAGUCACAAUACUAGCAUGCGCGGCCCCAGACUAUCAAAGUGGCGCGUUUGUAUACGGCGGCUUUAUCAACAACUCCGGCUGGCCAGAUGGCUGGGCCUGGCAAAUAGGCUUGCUGCAAGGUGCAUUCUCUAUAACCGGCUUCGAUGCUACUAUGCAUAUGAUGGAAGAAAUGCCAAAGCCAGAGACUAAUGGCCCGAAACUUAUUAUAUCCGCCAUCACGAUGGCGAUAGUCACCGGAUUUUGCUAUAUUAGUGCCGUACUCUUCGUUAUCAGUGACAUCCCGGAAGCUGUGAAGUCCUCUGAGCCCUUACUCACAAUAUAUUACCAGUCUACUGGAAGCAGGGCUGGAAGUAUCUGCCUAAUGAUCUUCCCCAUUCUCGGCUUUGUCUUGUGCACAAUUGAUGAUAUGGCUACGAGCUCCCGCCUAUCAUACGCCUUGGCUCGCGAUGGCGGCAUGCCCUUUAGCCGUCAUUUUACCCAAAUCCACCCCGUCCUAGGCGUGCCCGUGGUUGGACUUCUCUGGUGCUCCUUCUGGGACAUCAUUUUCGGGCUGAUCUUCCUCGGUUCAAACGAUGCCUUCAGCGCUAUUAUCUCCGCUGCCGUCGUCUGUGUUACUGUCACCUACGCCAUCCCUCCCACUAUCAACUUGUUCCGCGGCCGCCGUAUGCUUCCCGAAAACCGCCCUUUUAAGCUGCCGAGCGCCCUGGGCUACAUUUGCAACAUCGCCGACCUGGCUUGGACUUUACUUGUUCUCGUUCUUUUCGUGUUUCCCACGAAGAAUCCCACUGACCCGGUGGACAUGAACUACACCAUCGUCGCCUUGGGCGUUGUGCUCUUAGUCGCUGGAUCCAAUUGGCUUCUAAGCGCCCGUAAGACCUACCAGCCGCCCACCCUUGAACUCUCCAAUGGGCCAGAUAAGUCCAGCUUGGAGGUGGAUCAGUCGCUUGUGGUGGAGCAGGAAACCAAGGGUUCAAAGGAAGAUCUAAGAAAAGAAAAAAUGGAUUAG